AUGGAUUGGAUGAAAAACAAUGUUGAACCCGUCGUCCCCGGAACCCGUAUUCGUGGAAUUGUAGUCGGAAACGAGGUUCUAGGCGGUGGCGAUCAGGAACUCUGGGAGGUCCUGCUACCGUCGGUGAAAAACAUGCACACUGAUCUUGACCUCCUCCACCUUGCCGACGAUGAGGUUUCAAGCCCACAUUCCGCUGGUGGCUUCGCUCGAAUAGAAGACACGAAAACGAAAUUACAUUAUGAUAACAUGUUCGAAGCACAAAUCGAUGUCACUUACACUGCUUUGGAAAAAGCUGGAUUUGAGAAGAUGGAGGUUAUAGUAUUGGAAACCGGAUGGGCUUCAAAUGGUGAAGCGAAUGAAGCGGGAGCUAUGUUGAGUAAUGCGAGAACAUAUAAUCUCAACAUAUUGAAAAGACUACUGAAGAAGAAAGGUACACCUUACAGACCAAAUUCAGAAAGAGACUCGCCUUUCUGUCCAUCUGGAAUUUCUGAAAUCCCUAAUCACCUAAUCAAAGCAUGCACAGCCCUAGGCGACUUCGGUGAAGAAUCCUCUCUUCCUACUCUCUGGGACACCUUGCCUACAAUCGUCGUCGUUGGUGGUCAGACCUCUGGAAAAUCAUCUGUGUUGGAGAGUGUAGUUGGCAAGGAUUUUUUGCCUCGUGGUUCUGCUGUGAACUUUACCCUCACUGAUCUUCCUGGCUUGACAAAAAUAGUUGUUGAGGGGCAAUCUAAUAGCAUUGUGCAAGAUAUUGAAAACACGGUGAGGUCAUACAUUGAAAAGAUGAUGUCGAAUCCGGAAUCGAUAAGAAUGGCGACAGAUAGCAUCAAAUACAUGAAAGUUGAGGACUUGAGGCAUGCUGGAGAACAAUUGAAGUCAACUCGACCAGAUGAGAUGGCUGAGAUAUUGGAAGCUAAUAACCGAAAUAACAAUAUGUUACCACCUCCAUGGGCAAUUGCUGUUAUGUUCAUCCUAGGAUUUAACGAGUUUAUGACACUUUUAAGGAAUCCAUUAUGGCUGCUUGUUAUUUUUGUGGGUUAUCUUCUUUUCAAAGCUUUGUGGGUCCAACUAGACAAAUCCGGAAUUCUGUCUUUAUCCAUGAAGUUUCUUCCUACAGUCACAAAUCUACUUAGAAAACUAGUCGAAGAGGGGCAAAAGCCUGUUGCAACCCAACCACAAGUAUUAGGGAGUUUUCAAGGGGUAGUUUCGUCAUCUGGCUCAUCUGGUGUAACCAUGGAAAAUGGAAAUGGAAACGAGUACACUAGUCCCACCACACAUGUCAAAGAGCAAUAUGUUCCACCUAUCACUCACAUUCAUUUAUUUGAUCACACACUUGAUGGAAAGUCGGGCAAUGCUUCAAGCGUUUACUUGCCAUCCACGCCAGGUGGACAGCCGCCCAAGACACUAAGUUCAACAUUUUUACCUGGUAGACCGGGUGGAAAACCAAUGACACGGAGGAUAUUGUUUUACUAUUCAAACAUUUGUUAUAAAGUAUUUGUGAACUUGCACAAUUGUAACUAA